AUGAGUUAUAAUUCAACUUCCCUCUUUAUUCCAGCAGGAGAUGUUGAGUCAGUUGGGGAAUUUCACGGGUUCUCACUGGAAAAAGCCAAGAUUGAACAGGCUGAAGGAAACUUCGAGAACAGAGAUGAACCACAGAGGCAGGAAGGAAACCGUACAUUGAAAAGGGGGGUUAAGACCAUUCCUUACCAAGGAAGCAGGUUCCAUGAAAUCCCUGUCUGCAGCCAACGGACUCUUUCAGGAAUGAAACUGUUCAGCAGUUCAGAGAAAGGAAUUACAUUCUCCGGUCAAAGGAAGGCAUAUAAAUGCCAUUAUUGUGGAAAGUACUUCAGAUACAGAACACAGCUUUUAGUACACCAAAAAAAACACACAGCACAGAAACAUGUCGAAUUCUCAGAGUGUAGAAAGAAGUUCAGUAUGAAUUCCAGUCUACAAAAGCACCAAAGAACCCACAUAGGGAAGAAGACUUUUCAAUGUUCAGAGUGUGGAAAGAGAUUCAGUCAGUGUAGCAGUCUUCAGCAGCAUCAGAGAAUCCACACAGGGGAGAAACCGUUUGAAUGCUCAGAGUGUGGAAAGAAAUUCAGUUCAAAUGGCAAUCUUCAACAGCAUCAGAGAACCCACACAGGGGAGAAACCUUUUGAAUGCUCAGAGUGUAGAAAGAGAUUCAGUCAUGGUGCCAGUCUUCAAAAGCAUUUAAGAACCCACACUGGGGAGAAACCUUUUGAAUGCUCAGAGUGUGGAAAGAGAUUCAGUCAGUGUUACAUUCUUCAAAAGCAUCUAAGAACCCACACAGGGGAGAAACCGUUUGAAUGCUCAGAGUGUGGGAAGACAUUCAGUGCAAAUUAUGGUCUUCAGCAGCAUAAGAGAACCCACACAGGGGAGAAACCGUUUGAAUGCUCAGAGUGUGGGAAGACAUUCAGUGCAAAUUAUGGUCUUCAGCAGCAUAAGAGAACCCACACAGGGGAGAAACCGUUUGAAUGCUCAGAGUGUGGGAAGACAUUCAGUCAGUGUGGCCAUCUUAAGUAUCAUCAAAGAACCCACACAGGGGAGAAACCAUUUGAAUGCUCAGAGUGUGGAAAGAGAUUCAGUGCAAAUGAGGGUCUUCAGUAUCAUCAGAGAACCCACACAGGGGAGAAACCGUUUGAAUGCUCAGAGUGUGGAAAAAGAUUCAGUGUGAAUUCCAGUUUUCAGUAUCAUCUAGGAACCCACACAGGGGAGAAGCCUUUUGAAUGCUCAGACUGUGGAAAGAGAUUCAGUCGGAGUGGCAGUCUUCAAGAGCAUCACAGAACCCACACAGGGGAGAAACCUUUUGAAUGCACAGAAUGUGGAAAGAGAUUCAGUAGGAAUAGCACUCUUCAGAGGCAUCAGAGAACCCACACAGGGGAGAAACCUUUUGAAUGCUCAGAGUGUGGAAAGAGAUUCAGUCGGUGUGGCCAUCUUCAGCAGCAUCAGAGAACCCACACUGGGGAGAAACCUUUUGAAUGCUUUGAGUGUGGAAAGAGAUUUAGUAACAGUGGCAAUCUUCAAAGGCAUCAAAGCUCCCACACAAGGAAGAAGACUUUUGAAUGCUCAGAGGACGGGGAGAACAACAAGAUGGCGGCCAGCUCACAAAGUAACUCCCCCAGCGAGUGUGAUCUGCCCCUCCUUUCAGACAUCCUGACCCCUCGACAAGAGGCUCAGAGCAUUGAUCUUACGGGGAAGAUGCCAAAAUGA